CAGAAGAAGCCGAGGGUGUGAAGGGUGUGUUCUCGUUGGGUUUUUGUGGUUGCAGUUGUGCUACCAACCCUACUUGCCUGCACAACAUCAUUAUUCGUCGUGGUGUUUGUGUGUGACGGAAAUUUCAAACAAAAAAAAACUUGUGCUGUGCCGGUUGAGAACCCUGCACUCGCCUUCCUGUGGCCCCGGGCUCGAGAGCCUCUUUCUGAUUGCAGUUUGUGUCCAUGUGACUUUGGUUUCCGCUGCUCGCCUGCUUCCGCGAAUAGUAAAAAGAGGCAUCGGUGCUUCAGUCAGAGCAGAGGAAGGCACGCUGAAGCUCACACAUGAGAACACACUCUGCAACUGCGAGUCAACCAGCGAUAUGGUCAGAGGAUCAACCGUCAGUGGCUUGGGAAAUCCACACCUAACCACCAGCUGAGGAUGUUAAAAUGCCCGUCCACGGGCUCACUCCCAUCCUGCUUUGCCUGUUACCCAUAUGGAGGAUCCUUACGCCGGUCUCAAGUCAUCCACAAAACAGCCCAUGUCCGCUGAUACAAAGAACGGCUCUCUGCAACAAUCACAAGCUCUCCUCCGUACCUGCAGGACUGCCAGACAACUUAGAGGAGCUUCAGCUCAACCACAAUCACAUUCAAACACUACACGAUGACUCUCUUCUCCGUUACCCCUCAUUAAACACCCUGAGCUUAGCUUGUAACAGUUUGGAGAAAUUAGAAUCAAACACUUUUCAAGACACAAAAUUGUUAGAAAGCCUCAAUUUAGCAAAUAACGAUCUUCAUAUUGGCUACCAAGAAACCAGCCACGCAUUAAAGACUCUACCCAGGCUUAGAGCUCUGGAUCUCUCUGAGAAUGAGCUCGAUGAUGAAAUGGUGGCCACUCUGCUUGAAAAUCUGACAUCCCUGGAGUACCUCAAUCUCUCCGGAAACCUCUUGCAGAGACUGGAUGAGACCUCGUUCAGGGAUCUUCACCAACUCAAAGAACUUGACCUACAGAGAAACCUCAUGUACGAGAUCGAUGGCGCCUUCGACAGCAAUCCCAAGCUCCAGCGGCUCAACUUGGCCUUCAACUACCUGCUUUGCCUGACAGACUUCCACAUGACCCAACUGGUGGUCCUCAACGCCAGCCACAACUUCAUCGAGUGGUUCAUCUCCAGACCAGACCUUAACGACACCUUCCAGCUAGAGACACUUGAUCUGUCAGAUAACAAACUGCUCUUCUUUCCUUUCUUGCCCAGCCACAGUCACUUGCAGAAUCUUUACCUGUCCCACAACAGCGUCAGCUUUUACGAACACUUGGCAGACAACAGCACAUUCCCGAACACGACUACAACUGUUGAGUUCUACAAUAUGAAGAAGUACGCGGGCAACGUGACGGCUCAGCUGUGGGACGACAGCCUUCACGGCGACGUCUCCUCUCUAGAGAUUUUGGAUCUAAGAGGGAACCUGGUGGAGUAUUUUCCUCAAGGAUUCAUCCAGAAAAUGCCUGCCCUGUCCAGACUUCGAAUGUGCACGAACUGUCUGGAAACCUUAAAUCUAACGUCGGAACAGUUUUCUGGGAGCUUGUAUGAGUUGGACGUUAGCAACAACAGGCUGAACCAGAUCGUAGCCGAUGGAGGUACGCUGACCGCUCUUGGCAAUCUGACGUACCUUAACCUUAGCCUGAACGAUCUUCAGUUGUUACCCUUGGGAUUAUUUUCCUCAUUGCCAAGCCUCAGGUCAGUGGAUCUCAGUUAUAACAACCUCGACAUUUGCCCUCCUGAGGAAGCUGAGACCAGUAAAGACACCAGCUCAGCUUGUGUGGAUUGGAAAAACAUUGCAUCCCUAAGGCAGCUUUACCUUAAGGGAUGCAACCUUAAAAGAAUUCCAUCAUCUGCAUUCGCUGGGUUGUCUCUAUCGCACUUGGAACUGUCCGACAACCCUGGACUCGUUGUCCAAGAAUCAAUACAAAGUCUCAGCAGAACGUUACAGCAUCUAGGUUUAGGAAACACUCACACACAAGACUUUGACUUCUCCCAUUUCCAGAGUCUGAAGUUUUUAAACAUUUCAAGGAACUCUCUUCCCCAUCUUCCCCCUUCACUUCUAGAUCUUGACCUGGAAGUGCUGGAUUUGAGGGACAACAGACUGUCCACUAUUCCCUCAGGUCAAGCGAACGCAUUAGCCCCGAAACUGCACACUGUUUUCCUCACAGGAAAUCCGUUCAACUGCUGCCAAACUGAAUGGUUCAGGACAUUCGAAACAACAAAGACAAUCAAUUUGGUCGGACAAUCAUACAUUGAAUGCGAGGAUCUCAUCCAAACGACACACAGAGUGGAGCACUUCCAGUCAUUCUACUGUUUGGAGAGAGGCAGGGAAUCUAUGCUCUGGUACAUUCUGCUUUUCGUUCCCAUCUGUCUUUCUUUCGUGGGCAUUUUGGUUAUUGUUCUCCUCAGCUUCAAGCCCAAAAUGCUACAAAAGUCAAUCAAGAAGAGGUGUUUGAAGCCUACUUCUUACUGAUACUUUAUAAACCCUAAACAAAACCAUAUUUUGUACAGUAUAUUAUUGGGAAAUGUAAUGUUGUCAAUAAAUUCAAUUCAUUGUAAAACUG